AUGCGAUUCCUGGCAAAGGCGGCCACCACCUCUGCCGUCACGCUCGGCGUAGGGGCGGCGGCUUUUAUGUGCUAUCAGCGCGCCAGAAACCCAGACGCAGCAGCGGGGACGAGUGAGGCGACGAAGGAGCUCUCGGCGAAGGAGUUCAAUGGACUGCAGAACGCAACGCGGCUGAAGGAGGCUCUGGCACCGUCACACCUGCCGUGGACCUUCCAUGCACAAAAGGACCGGUACACGAACCUUCGCGAGCUGACAACGCAGGCUUCGCAGGAGACUGCGGCCGCGCAGCCGCCUGGGCGGCGAGCUUACACAGCCUCCUCGUCAGAUAUGAAGCUCAUCUUCUACCGCCUCCUCGGCUGUCCGUACUGUGCCAAGGUGGAGGCUGUACUGCAGUACCACGACGUCCCAUAUGAAGAGGUGCACGUUGAUCCGCUGAGCGGUAAAGGACUGCCAGACCGUCGGUAUCAGCUUGCUCCGCAGCUGUACUUGGCCCCUUUGGCAAAGCGCAACAGCGGCGGCGCCGAGGCAGCAGCCAUAGAUAGCAAUGGCGUGUAUUUGGUGGACUCCGCGGAGAUUGUGUCUCAGCUUUCCGGGCCGCUGAAGUACGCGGCGGAUAUUGCCAAUCCGCACAUCAGCGCAACCCGGGACUGGAUCACGAACCACUUCCACGGCGCCUCCUUUGCCAUCACGAACAACUCCUUCCGCGAUGCCUACGACACGUACACGUAUGUGACACCGAGCAGCUACCAGAACUUCUUCUACCGCGUCGCUGGCAGCGCCGCACUAUCGGUGCUCUCGCGCUACAAGAUCCAGCCGAAGCUUAUUGCAAAGAUGGAGUGCGCUGACGGCCCGGACGCCGCCGCACCGACAGGGGCCCCGGCGAGCACGGACUCGAAUGGACUGUGGAUGCUGUCGGAGGCGUCGCGCAAGGCACUCGCGGCGACGGUGCGCUUCGGUGCAGCGGAGGAGUGGCUGCGGGCUGAGCUGCAAACGUUUCUGCAGCGCCGCCAACAUGGCAAGGUGUUUCACGGUGGCAGCAGCCCCGACCUGGCAGACGUGGAGAUGUACGGGGUGACGCGAGUGGUAGACCAGCACCCACGGCUCGGUACUGUGGUGCGCGAGGGCGCCUUUGGCGAGUGGCAGACCGCAAUGCGGGAGAAACUGAAAGCGAAUACAGGAUCGGUGUACGCCUGA